GUGUCCACACGCCCUCUCCCUUCUCCACACCACACAAUACACCCAUAGUCCAGUUGUGUGUACACAAUACAUAUAUACCCAUACAUCCACAGCAGAAACAGGGGCUAGAAAUCCGCAAUAUUCAAGGCAGGAGAGUGCAGUGUUGUGAAGGCUCGACAUAGGUCGCUCCGGACGUAUUAGCGAGAGUGUCUGCCUCAGGUCCGAGCCCAAGUAUGCAUGUCGGGCAGCCAUCGAUUCGCAAGUGAUAUAGAUCCUUCACUGGUGGAGGUGAGGCAGGGAUGGGGUGUGGACGACGCUGUGGGUGUUGGGCUCUGAGUGAGCUGGAGUUGGAACGCUCCAGACACCAAGCUACACUAGAGGAGAACACCCGCUACCAGAGGCACAUCCAGGAGCUGCGUGACGAACUAUCGACCUUACAUUCUACCGUAGCUGACCUUGAACGACGCUACUCUGACCUCUCAGCACGCUACCGGGGCACCGUAGCUUCUCUGGACGAGGUCAAUGACACAACUUUAAGAUUGAAAGACCACUCUUCCGACCUGGUCGACCAGAACCGUCGCCUCAGAUCCAACUGUGAGAAACUGGAGGAGGAGGCAAGGCUCCUGCGGGAGGAGCUGGAGAGCGCCCGAGCCCAUGCCGAGGAGGAACAUAGGCGUCGAGUAUCCAGCGAAGUCUCCCUCAGUAGAGAUCUGGUCGACGCAGAGAGGAAAUGUCACGUGAAACUUCGUCGGGCUCAUUCCCUCCACGAUAUAGAUAAGCAACACCUUCGUCAUGACCUGGACCGCCUUCAACACGCCCUCCACCGGGAGAAAAAGAACCACCAAAUGACAUUACGCGAUCUCUACCGUCAUUAUCCCUACACAUACUGCGGACCCCAUAGCAUCUACAACUGCCACGACUGCUACCAUGAUCCCAUGCUACUAGACUAAGUAAACUGGAUAUCAUAUCUCAAAUAACCGAUGGCAACGAAUUGUACACUUAUUAUGCGACCAAUGAGCUUAGGGCCAAUCAAAAACUGAUGGCAACGAAUUGUACACUUAUUAUGCGACAAAUGAGCUUAAGGCCAAUCAACCGCGGGAAGGUUAUCAAGGCCACACAAGAACUUAUUGACCUUGUACAUAUUACUAAAUAUAACCAAGGACUAGGUAACUCAAUAUUUGGACAGAAAAUGGGGUAGCCUAAUGAUGUAUAAUAUAUCUCCCAAGCUUACUGACCAACCAGAGGACAUACUUUAGUCCCGAAAAUAGCACAUUAUAAAGUAAACUCAGAGUAUAUAUCAUGAAAAACAGAAUCAAAUUUCGGCUUAUUUAUCCUAUUACGACCACUCCGAUUUGUUGGACUUCACGAUAAGGGAGCCUAUAGGUAGUUAUUUGGCCAAAGCGCUCGUAUUACAUUCACAAAGGUAAUAUAGAAGGCAUGGUGGUGCGCUGGGAUUAAGGCCAAUCAACCUUUGGAGGGAUAUUUGAUUACUAGUACUUACUGACCAACCAGCAAGAAUACUUUUUUCCUGAACAUCGAUGUUUACCAUUUCCUCUCUGUUCAGGACGAUGUUCAUUAAGUCCUGAACAUCGUUCAGGACUAAAGCAAACUCUCUGUGUAUAUUUACCAAAAACGAGCGCUACACUUUUUAGAAUUUACACAGAGAAUUUCUGAGAGAUAUGUUGGAAUUCUAAUAAUGCUGAUGAUAUACAAGAAUGUAUACGCAGGUGUAUAAAGCUUUUUCUAUGUACACUUAAAGUUUACUAAUGUCGUGGGCUAUGCUCAGCUUUAAUGUAUAUUUGAUGGUUGGUCAGCAUCAACCCAAUUCAAAAAGACCAUAGUAUUGAUCUACUUAUUAAGUACUGUAUAAUGCAGUUCCUCAGCAUUUAACAAUAACAUACAGUAUAUUUUCAUACCUUCAUUUCAGCUCCAAUACACCAGUUUCCUUUUGCAGAGAAAAAAGGAUGAGCCUCAAUGCAGAUAAAAAAAAAUAUACUAGUAAACACCCAUAGAAAAUUAGCAGUAGUAUUUAUCAAAUUUAAAAUUUAAAAUAUAAAUCAGUACUAAAUAUGUAAAGCCUAAACUUAAAAAUAAAUUCAAUCUAGAUAACGCUACGGUGUCGAUUCAUAUUUCCUCAUAUUUGUUAGUAAAAUAGUACAGCAGUAGCAGUGACCUAUUCGCUUCAGACGUUUCAUAUAAAUUGGAAUAUCUUUUCCAAAACAGUAUAGCAUUAAAUGGCAUAUCUCAUCCAACCUUGGAACACCGGAAGGAACUUGUGCUGGCAGAGCAAAGGUUCCACUCCAUUUGGGUAAGCUGUAAUUAUUUGAAAAAGAGCAGUGCCUUCUGAAGAGAAUUUCGAGAAACUUACAUAAUGAACCUUAACGCAAUAAAUCCAGCACCAGUUGGAUACAGGACUAUGGGCUACUAUAAUAUCUGAAUAAAAUGAUAAUUGCUUUGUCCUCAUAUUAAAAUAGCGCAGCACUCCAGAGGUCUGAAUGUAACAAUUAUCCUCAAGUUAGGAUUCACUAUAUAUUCUCUCACACUGAGGUGGUGCUCCACAUUCUCAAAUAUUUACAUGAAGAGGUACCAUGUCUAGUGGCCUCGAGGGGAACAGGAAGUUAGCGGCUCGUCAAAGGUUUUAUCAUUGUUCCCAUAGAUUAACAAAGCGUACAGCUUAUUUCCCAUUAACUCAGGGAAGGAGCUGAAUGCCGGAUGGGAAAUGUUGCUCUGGCAACUACAAAACCAAUAACCACUUAAUACCUUUUGAAGAUAUAAGCAUCAGACGAUUGUUAAUUAUUUUAAAGGUUGAAUUAAAGGUUGAGGUCUUCUUUGGAGAAUAAAGUUAAAAUUACAGUUUCAGCAGAAUGUAAUUAGCUCAAACUACUUUAGGAAAGAAUGAACCUAACUGUACUUUGAACCAAUAAUAGUUAGCCAUAUUUGACAGUUCUAUUAAUAGUUGAACUGGAAUGUAGUUGCGAAAAUUCUUUACUACUGAUCAAGCUUCCCCUUCUUUUCAUACAGGUAAUAUCCCUAUUUUAUUUGAUAUUAAAAUAUUUUAAUUAUUCAAAAACCAAGAGACAAAAUGUAGCGACAUUAUCAACCAAUUAACGACCAGCUGAUGGUUUAUCGUAUAACCACCUAUUAAUAAAAUGUUGAACUGGUAAAUCUUCGAUGCCAAAAAUGUAAAAUAUUUAAGACACCCUUUCAACUAAAGCUAGAUGCUGCCAUUUUCGAUGAAAGUACAACGCAAGUUACAGAAAGCCAUUCCGUAACAUAUUUUGGACUAACUAUAAUAAAUAUUGAUAUCGCCGAACCUAGCAAAAAUAGUAUGUUGAAAAAUAAUAAAUGUACACAAUUUAAGUUUUCUACUAGUUACUUAUGCUUUAAAUAUAUAUAGGCUAAUCAUGUGCACAUAUUCUAAUUUAUCUAAAUGGAUUUCUAUUUGUGGUAAAUUUGACAAUUUCUAACUUUCGAAUGAUAUAACAAGAACAUGCAUUUUUCUAUAUUAAAGUACAUACUUUCGUUUCAGCGCCUGUUUCAGUUUUUAAUAACAUUGUAAAUAUAAGACAUAGAGAUACCACGUUGGUUGGUGUUGGGAUUGAAGCUUAACCUCUGAAUGAUAUCAAAGUCACCAUAGUACAAUUAUUGACCACCAGAAAGUAUACUUUAAUGCUUAACAUUGUUCAGAGCUAUAAUUAAUUCCUCGUGUCUUUACACCAAGUGCAUAGACACCAAGUGUCUAUAUUCCAUGUGUGCAGCCACUGUCACUCCACGUUGAUGACGGAUGCAGUGUGAAGGAAUUGUAUUAUUUACCGUCAAUGCUGUCAACAUAUAAGUACCUGUCAUGCCUGUCAGUUUACCGUAACAAAGCAUUAUAGAUUUCUAGAACUGGCGUAAUAAAAUGUAUUAACUGUUGAGGAGUCUUUGCCUAUUAUAAUAAGUCAUUUAUAACAAAUACAGAGGAUAGUUUUACGGUGGUUACUCAGCAUUUGUGUAUCUAUCAAGCCAUUAAUCCCCCCACAGUAGUAAAGGUCUACGGGCUCACCAUAGCCCGUGCUACUUGGAACUUUAUGUUCCAGGUAGCACGGAAUCUUUAACAACAACAACAACCCCCACAGUAGCUUAUUGACCGGCCACACUGUACUUUAGUACUGAACAUUGUCCAGGACAAAAUUAAAUACUCUCGAGUGUAUAUACGUCGAGAUUUUGGUUACACCUUUCUGUGUAAUUAUAAGGUGCGGCAAUUUACUCUCGACAGCAGCUGACGUGGUGUGUCUGUUAAUACCUCACGAAUUAUUUUUGUCUUAUAUACUUCAUUUGAACUAUGCCGAACACAGAGCUUUAUGUGUUGUGUAACUAGCCAUUCAUUCCCAUAUAAUGGUUCCUACACUAAAUGGUAUUCAUCAUAUUAGUGUACACUACAUAAUUUAUAACAUAAGGCGACGAUAACCUAAUUAGCUUAGUUUCUCAGCAUGUAACAAUAACGAAAAUAAA